AUGGGUACACACUUUGGACGCUACAAAACCUCUAGUACGCCCUCGCCCUGUUACUGGACACCCUCCCGGUGUGCCAAGAUUUUAAUCGACAAGGAUGUACGAGACCUACCUGCAGAUUUGUUCAUAUUCGUGAAGGGUGCGGGCUGCAGGUGGUGGGGUGCCGCGUGGUGGUGUGUCGCGAUGCCGCCGCCGGCACGUGUCGCCGCGCCGCCUGCCGUUACUACCACAUCCCCGUUCAAUUGCCGCCAGCACUUCGUCCUCCUUAACCAGCCCCACCACCCGUCCAUCAUCGCACCCCUCACUCCCCCUCUCCUCCUCCACUUCAACUUGAAACCCCCUCCCCCCUCGCCCGCGCCCCUCGUUAUCCAUAUCGAUCGCGCCUCUGGCACACUCGGGAAAGGCAGGAUCGACAAGUAUCCUACUGUCGCUCCCGCGGCUGAGGUGGUGAUAUCUUAG